UGAGGAGCUACAUAUGGGCUUUAAAUCCCAAAAUUAACAAAAAUAAUUUGGACACAUCUGUAACUUGAGAGGCUCAUAGAAAAAUGUACAAGGUGGAUUUGCCUUUAGACCAGUCCAUAGAAAAUGCUGUGGAGAGGCGAAGGUCUGCAGAAACAGAGCGUAAGGCCCGGAUCUUUGACACUCGGCUCCGUGUGAUGGGUCUCGAUGUUUCUGCUCUCGACCAACAGGUUCAGAAGAAAAAACACCAGCAAAACAUGGAGAUACAACGAGACAAAGCUUUCGAUAAGCUGAGAGAGUAUCACGAUGAAGCUCUGCUGCAGCAAGACAUUGAUGAAAAAGAGAAACAAGACACUUUGCAAGCUGAGCUGACCCAGUAUUGGGCCACUCAUCAGCGUGUAGAGGACUCACGAGAUGCUGAUCUCAAGUGUGGCCUGAAGGGGGCGUUCAGUAGCACCACUCCAGAGGGUAAACUGGGGCCUGCCAGUAUGACAGUCUUUCAGGGAGAGGAUAUUGGAGAGGAGCAAAGGAGGAGAGAACAAAUGAAAAAGACAGUCAGAGAUCUACGAGCACAGAAGGAAGACAAUGAGAGAAAGCACGUGGGAGUAAAGCAAAGAGAGAUGAUCGUGAACAAAGAGUUGGUGCUUCAGGACCUGAGGGGGGUUCAGCUACAUGCAUUAGACGAGGAGUGUAAGAAAGCUACCCGCAUCGCACUCGACAACUACAAUCAUGCUCUGACUGCUGAGAGGGCAGAGAGACUGAAGGAGCAGCACAGGAGAGAGGAAAUGGAGAAACGUGCAGAGAUGCAGCACACUCUGACAUCCGACAUGAUGACAGAGUGUGCAGAGGCAGCUGAGAGAGAGUUGGGAGGAAGGAGAGCGGCCCGGGUCCUGGUGGACAGGUGGAAGGGGAUGAGCCCCGAGCAGCUGAGCGCCAUCCACAGGGAGAGAGAAGAACAGCGCCAGGAGAGAGAGAGACAACGUGACGCUGAAAAGAUUCAGAAUGCAGCUUGGGAACUCCAGCUGCUGAAGCUGUCCAGAAAAGCAGAGGAGGAGGACAGGAGAGCAGAAGAGCUGAGGAGAGAGAAGCGGAUUCAGACGGAUCAUUACAACAUGCAGCUGGCCAGAGAGCAGCAGGAACAUCAGGAGUUCUUGAACAAGAAGCUCUACACCAACAAACCCAGCAAGGACUACUAUCAUCAGUUCAACACCAGCUCCCGCUGACCCCCACACUGCCCCCCCCUGACAAUGUGAUAAUAA